UUAAACUUUCAACACCUUGAGUUUUUCAAAAUUAAAUUCAAAAUCGUCCUCUCCAAAAAGAAAUGUCCCGUUUCGAAGUGGAUCUGCCUGAAUUACACUCCGACAUCCUUGAAUAUCUUAGCCAAAAUAGUCGCAUUAUGUCUUGCCUCAAGCUAGACACCUGGAACGAACUCACCACUCUCAAGAACUUCCAAUACUUCAACUACAGUCGUGAAGAUCUACGUCGAGAGUUCUUGUACACAAUUCUUCCCAAAAUAUGGACUUAUAACCUGACUUCAAUUCAACAAAGAAAAAUCGAAAUCUUUGCCCAGCACAAUUGCUUCCUGAUCACCGAAAAUGGUUUCAAGGUACCCACACAAAUGGAAAAUCUUCCCACCGAAGGAAUUCACUUUUCAACAACCAAAGAAGAUGCACAGGAACAGAGACUUUCUUGUAUCAUUGGGGACUUCGUCCAAUUGCCAACACCUGACCAGAAAAUUAAAGCCUGGGUGUCUGCAGUUAACUCGACAGACGACGAACUAGCUCUUUGCCGUAUUCUGCCCCAAGAGGAGCUGAUAUCCCGACUCAUUCAAUCCCAGAAGGAAUUCAAAACAAGCGGAAACUUUCCUCCAAACUUAACCCCAACAAUAGCCUCAAAGAUCAUCGCCUACAGAACCACAUCCGAGCGACUAUCAUCUCGGAUUGUGCCAAGUUAAUUAUAAAAGAAAAAAGUCCAAACUAAAUAAAGUGAA